AAUGUGCUGUUAAUAAGUUCGUAUCCAACAGAUACUUUUUUUUUUGUCUAUCUACAACCUCUCUAUACCCAGCCGGUUUUGCACCGAACAACUUCAGUUGAUAUCUGACUGUAGGUUUAUUAACGUCGUCGUCGGCACGUCUGUAGAAAUUUAUAAGAGAUUCAUCGGGAAAUUUAUCUCACAGAUACUUUAUCCGAAAGAAAAACAAAUACAAUGUUAGCUUAUCACUUUUGAAUCUUUUCAUACUGUUGGAUUUCAUCUUUUCUUGCAAUUUUAUUUAUUUAAUGUCACGAUUAAGAUCUGAUUUAGUGCUAACAGUUUUAAUAUGGAUCGCAACGGUUAUACAUUUAUUAAUUGAAUUAGUUUAAUAAAAUACAACAAAAAAAAAUCCAAACCAUAUGUUGAUUUGAUAAAAAUGUUUACUUUAGUGAAUAUGAAUUCUGUGAAAGAUACAAAUUCCCUACCCCUUGGAUAAAUAUUAAAUAAAUAAUAAUUUUUGCUCAUUCUACGAGAUAACAUAAAUAAGUUUAUAUAGAUUAAACUUGUUGUGUGUGUGUGUGUUUGAAUUAUUUAUAUUUUGAGUGUGUGUGGAAAUAUAUAUUUAACCUAUAAAACAAGGAUUAUCUCUAUAACACAAUAUUAUAAGGAUUAUAUAAAAAAUUUAAAAAAAAAAACAUCAAGGAGCAUCAUUAUGUUGGCAGUUAAAAAUUUCUUCCUCCCCGAGAGGAAAGCACCGGAUACACCACAAAGAUUUUCAAGGAUGCCAGAAGCUUUUCUACGCUCGAUACGUCGUAGAUCGUUGCGUGUGAAAAGGGCUAAAAGUUUAGUUGUUCCCGAUCGGGAAAAAAGGAAAUCAGAUUCUUUUGUCAACAGUCAAGAAUGGACAAUAUCACGAUCUGUUCCGGAUCUUCGGCUAGGCAUUGUUGGUUCAUUGAGCUCUGGCAAAUCGGCCUUGGUGCAUCGUUAUUUAACUGGUUCCUAUAUGCAAGAAGAAUCACCUGAAGGCGGGCGAUUUAAAAAAGAAAUAUUUGUCGAUAAUCAAAGUUAUUUGCUGUUAAUACGAGAUGAGGGUGGUGCACCAGAGAUGCAGUUUGCUGCUUGGGUUGAUGCUGUUAUCUUUGUAUUUAGUUUGGAAAACGAAGCUAGUUUUAACGCUGUAUACAGUUAUUAUACCAAAAUGGCGCAUUUUCGUAAUAGCCAAGAAAUUCCAAUUAUUUUAGUUGGAACACAAGAUGCUAUUAGUGAAAGAAAUCCCCGUGUGAUAGACGAUUCGAGGGCUAGAAAACUUGCGAAUGAUUUAAAACGGUGCUCGUAUUAUGAAACCUGCGCCACUUAUGGCCUUAAUGUGGAACGUGUGUUUCAAGAUGCCUGUCAAAAAAUCCUGCAACAACGCAUCACAACAUGUGUACCACCAGUCAACUCUCGACCAACUACACCACAAGGAACACGCCUUGGCAUAGCCAGUUUUCAUCAUUCCAAUGCUGCUGUUGCAGCAAAUGGCUUUUCUGCCUCAACACCAUCCGUUGUCCAAUCAUCCGGUGCAACAUUGCCACAUCGGCAUCAUGUACUCUCAACCUCAAGUCAUCACAUCCCGAUGCGAAUGAGUGCAGAUUUUGUACAUAACGAACAACAACAACAACAAAAAUGGGCAGCUAUCUCAGGACAUCCAUCACAGCAAUCUCAUCAUCAGGCACAUUCUCAGCAACAUUUUGUUACUGUAACGAAUGAAAAUAAUAAUGUGACAACAAAAUUUACACCUGGCGCUGUAACAGUCCAUCAUUCGGCAGCUCCAUCGGCGGAAAAUUUAGCUCCAUUGUCGUUGGUUCCACAGAGUAAGGAUUCGGGAAAGGAUAAUAGCAGUGGUGGUGGUGGUAAAGAUUUACCAACUCCCACUUCUACACCAACAACAAGUCGCAAAUCACGACGACGAUCGAAUCUCUUUAUCCCCUCGUCGAAGAAAGGUGAUGAUAAAUCAAAGAAUGGCGAACUUGGUAGCGGAAGGUCAAUACCUCUGAAACAGGGUUACCUGUACAAACGGUCCAGCAAGUCGCUGAACAAAGAAUGGAAGAAGAAAUAUGUAACCCUUUGUGAUGAUGGACGAUUAACUUAUCAUCCAUCUCUGCAUGAUUACAUGGAUGAUGUACAUGGAAAAGAAAUUCCUCUGCAAUAUGUUACCGUUAAAGUCCCUGGCCAAAAACCACGUGGAUCAAAGUCAAUCAUAACCAACAGUGCUCUAACAUCAUCGAUGCUUUCGAAUGGCAAAUCAAACCAAAAUGGCCUCAGUGAAGGAAUUGGCUGUUUGUCAAUUGUCAAGGAUAACAAAAAACUUUCUGAAAAGGGUCUUCUUACCGCCUUUGAUACUCUGUGGGAACCCGGCAAGUCAAAUUCCUCUCAACAAACAUCGGGAGAUGAGGGAAUCGCCAUGAGCAAUAGCAAUUCACAGACUUUCAUUGCAAGUGACACUUGCAAUCAACAAUUACUGAUGGGUGGCAAUAAAUUGGAUGCUCCGACCCCAAAUGUUAAGAAACGUCAUCGAAGAAUGAAGAGUAGUGGGGUGAAAAAUCAGGAAGUUGAUGAUUCUGAUGGAUAUGAGUUUUAUAUUGUCUCUUUGGACAGUAAACAAUGGCACUUUGAGGCAGCCAAUAGUGAGGAGAGAGACGAUUGGGUUGCAGCUAUCGAACAGGAAAUCUUUAAAUCCUUGCAAGGUAUCGAAUCGAGUAAGAUGAAGCCAGCGACGUCAAGUGAAAUGGCUAGCAUGACAUCGAUAAGGACGCGAGUUCCAGGCAAUGGAUAUUGUGUGGAUUGUGAUGCUCCAAAUCCUGAAUGGGCGAGUCUUAAUUUAGGAAUUCUAAUGUGUAUAGAAUGCUCUGGCAUUCACAGGAAUCUCGGAUCUCACAUUUCCAAAGUUAGAUCUUUGGAUUUAGAUGAUUGGCCUGCUGGUCAUUUAAGUGUGAUGUUAGCAAUUGGCAAUAGUUUGGCAAAUUCAGUAUGGGAAGCAUGCACACGAAACAGGCCCAAACCACGACCAAAUGCAAGUCGAGAAGAAAAAGAAUCAUGGAUUCGAAAUAAAUACGAGGCUAAAGAAUUUUUACCAAUGUGCAAUCAAAAUACGAAUGCAACUGCUGGACAGCAGCUUAUUGAAGCAGUGAUAAGAUCUGAUAUGAAAUCAAUAAUUUUAAUUCUUGCAAAUGCAACCAAUGAAGUUACAAACUCAACUGUUAGUCCAAGGGAUGUACGAACGCCUUUGCUGUUAGCUUGUGCUAUUGGAAAUUUGGCUAUUGCUCAGUUACUGAUAUGGAAUCACGCCAAUAUAAAGCACACCGAUCAUGAAGGACGUACCUGCUUAGCUUAUGCACGUGCUGCUCAAUCUUUAGCCACAGCAAAAUCUCUUAAAGCAGCCCAAACAAACUCAAGCAAUACCAGCACUACAUCUUCAACAUCCUCAACGAAUUCCUCAUCGGCAGCGAUAUCGAAUGGUAGUAAUGGAAUUCCAACACCCCAUUAUAGUGUCGAAGAAACAACCGCCUUAGUUGAGUUACUCACAAGUCUGGGAUGUCCUGAAUCGGCACCACUAACUGCCAGUGGAACAUUACCUCGACGAAGGGAUACUCUAGGGACACCUUAUGAAAAAGCUGUAUCUGGUGUUAUUUAAAAAAAAUUAUAUAAAAUUCUAUGUUUUAAACAUUAACAACAAAACAAAAAUAAGAAAAAUGACGAAAGUAAAAAAGAAAAACAAAAAUCUCAUAAAUCAACCGUAAAUAUAUUUAUUUUGGGGCUAAAUAUGUAUUUUAUAUUGUAAAUGUAAACCUAGUUUUAAGAUGUCGUUGAUUUUAAUUUUUAUUAUUUUUUUCCUUUUUUUGUUUAUGUAUAAUUGUAGUCCUUUUGUUUCUAUGUUUUUAAAAUAUUUACCUUUUUAAAAAAUAUAUGUAUAUUCAAUUCCUAUUUGUUGCGGCCAGUGAUGCUCCUUGAUGGACCUAAAAACAUACACACACACAUAAACAUUCUACCUUCUCUAUAUAAACUUUGUUAAAUCUUUGUAUUUGUUUCCAACGAUAUAUCCUCAUUGUUUUAUUUUUUUUUAUUAUUAAAUAAAUAAUUAUUCAAUUUUAUUAUAUUGUAUUUAAUUUGUUUCUAUAUUAUCCUUGGAAGAAGGUUAAAAUUCAAAUAGGUUUAUAAAUAUGUGUAGAGAAAACAAAAAACGAUUAUAUUCCUUAGUUUAAUGUUUUUUUUUUUUAUUAUUAUUAUUAUUUUAUAAAUAUUUUUUAUUGAAUGUGAUUCACCUCUUUUUUGUUCAAAAUUUUUGUAAUGUAACAUAAAUUAUAAUAAAUAAAAUAUAAAUGUAUUGACAGAGGAUUUCAUAAGGAAUAUCCUGAGAGAAGAAGAAAAACAGUAAAUUAAUAAAAUAUAUAUAAAUAACAAUUAAAAAAAAAAUAAUUUAACAAAAUAUAAAACAAAAAAAUUAGAUGCUAAGAUAUUAAGUUAUUAGAAAAAAAAAUUAAAAAUAUUAAAUAAAAACAUAAAAAAAUCGAAAGCAUUAGCUACGCAAGUCGAAUUAGUAUAAAACAAAAUUUAACAAAAAUAAAAUACAAUCGCUCGCUCUAGUGGAAUAAAUUAAAAAAAAAAAAAACUGAUACAAAAAACAUUCAUUUACACUUUGCUGAAUUAAAUUCAUUAAAUUAAAAUAUAAAAACAAAUAUACAAAAAAAUGUAAUGCAAUUCGAAGCACAGAAUAAUAUUAAUAAAUUGUUGCGAAUCCACAAGCGUUAUUUUUUUUUUCUAAAUCUUGAAUGAAAUAUGAACAUUUAUAUAAUAAAAAUAGAUAAAUACCACAACAACAAUAAAAUUGCAAAAUAUACACAAAAAAU